AUGUCCGCCUUUCCACCCCACCGUUCCAUCGCCUCAAUACCCGUCUCUCCAGAAAUUGCACUUAAAUUCCUCUCGACCUACCUCGAGAAGACCAACACCUUGCCCUAUCUUCUCCCAAACGCCAAACUUGAGCCCUCUGGACCCACCGCAGGAUCCAGUGCCUCUAGUGUUACGAUACAUAAUCUACAGCGGAUAGAAGCCGGGUUAAAAGGGGAAUGGCUUGCGCCGACGCUAGAGCUGGAGGCCGAGGAUGCAGAUGCAAUUGCGGUGGAAACCCCUAAAAACCCCGAGGGCGAGGGUGAAGCUGAGGGCUGGCAGGACUUGGACGAGUAUCAAAGGGAGCAGAGUGUUGAGGAAGGCGGUAUUGGUCCGAGGCAGACUGGGGUUGCACAGGAAGGGGUUCCGAACUCAGUGCCUGACGAGGAGCAGGGCGAGGAGCAGGAUGAGGAGGAAUUAGACGCCCCUAAAGCAAAGAAGCUCAAGACGGAGCAUAAGCCCGACGGAGAGCUCACACAAAGCACGAAGACACCCAAGGAUAAGGAAGCUAGAAAACGAGAGAAAGCCGCGAGAAACGACAAGCUCAAGAAAGAAAAGGAGCAGAAGAGAAAAGAAGCGGCAAAUAAGUCAAAGAAGGCUGCAGAGUGA